CCGCGAGAUCGGGAGUAGCUGAUCCGGCGCCCUGCUCCGCCCCACCUUCCGCCGCAGCCGACAACGCAUUCGGCUUCACGAAUACCACAAUUAUUAUCGUUAUUGUGGAGAGAGCAUGGGUCCGGGGGAUUGAGGACCUGGUUCUAGUUAGGUCCUUGAACUAGAAUGACCUAGUGGAAAGAACCCAGGCCUGGGAGCCAGAAAGACCUGAGUUCUAAUACUGCCCUUGCCACUUACCUGUCCUGUUACCUUGGAAGAAAAUGAGGCAACGGUCAAAUGGAGGAAACCUUACCAACACAUGCGUCAUCUGAGGAGAAAGUUGAGGCUGAAGAACUGAAGGAAAUCAUCGAAGAUGUCAAAAAACAUUCUGAGGAAAAUUCUCCCCUCUCCGGGAGCUCCCCUCAGGAUACAGAGAAGAGAGUGGUGAUCUUGGAAAGCCAAGGAGAAAGUGGCCCUACUGCCAACACGGCCAGGGAAAGUCCUCAAGAGGUUUCUGAAACUGACCCCGCCAAAGCCACGUCGCCAUCAACCAGUUCUUCAGAAAAGGUCUCCAAGCACUUGGUAACUGAUUCAGAUUCGACAAGGCCCAACGCAUCUCGAAGGGAAUCCGGCCCUGUAAUCUGCCCACCCGAAGACUCCCCCACACCGAUCCGGAAGGCGUCAUCGAGUGUGUUUCCCGAAAGGGCCGAGGGAGGGGUCGUACUCCCCCGAGUGAGCGAAACGCAAGUGCAGCCGUCUCUACCGGAAAGAAAACCGGUUGGGGGGCCUCAGGGCCAGGAGCAACCCUUCCGAGUUAACCUCAGUGACAAGGACAAGGUUUUCCCUGAAGACGUCUCUGAGAGCCGAGAGAUAAAACGCCUCUAUGCAAACCGCAACAGCAUCAGAAGUUUCCCCCCAUACCUGGACUGUCUCUCAGGCCUGGAAGAAUUGUGCCUGGAGAGAAACGACCUAAGAUGCCUACCUCCGGAGAUAGGUCAACUGGCCAAUCUCAGAGUUUUGAACAUCAACCACAACCAAAUAGCCAGUCUCCCCAAAGAAGUCGGGCAGCUUGUGGGUCUGCGGCAGCUCUUCUGUGGUCACAAUCGAUUGGAAGAGUUUCCCGCCACCCUGGGAGGCUUGGAAAAUCUGGACAUCUUAGGUCUCGCUGGAAAUAACCUAAAAAGUGUACCGGAAAGCAUAACGAGGCUGCAACAUUUGCAGGUUCUUCACAUCGACUCUAACCAAUUGGAGAUCUUCCCCAAAGCCCUGUGCUACCUUCCCAAGCUUACCAGACUGAGCCUGUCUGGGAACUCCAUACGAAGUCUGCCCAAAGACAUUAAGGAGCUCAGGAACUUGGAGGAACUGACAAUGAACUGCAACCAACUCAUCUUUCUGCCUGUGCAGUUUUUCCAGUUGCUGAAGCUGAGAGAGGUCUAUUUGGGCAGCAACAAGUUGGAGUCCCUUUCCCCCAACAUUGGCAAUUUACAGGAGCUCAGGGUUUUGCACCUGCGGGACAACCUAUUCAAAACCAUAACUGGGAAGAUCGUGACCUGUUCCCUGCUGGAAAAGCUUGAUCUUCAUGGCAAUAGGCUAACACAGCUUCCCCCGAAUAUUCGCAGACUCCCAAAACUGAAACAACUCUAUGUGGGAGGAAAUCAGCUGGGUCACCUCGAACAGCAAGUUUCCCAACUCAAAGAGCUCUCCGUCUUAGAGAUUUCCAGCAACGGGAUCACCCACAUUCCGGUGGAAAUCAAGAACUGCGGCCAGCUCACUCGAGUGGACUUGAGUGCUAAUGAGUUAGGUCAGUUCCCCUUAGGGCUGACUGCCUUAGCUGCUCUUAACUAUUUGAAUCUGAAUGUAAAUGAAAUCUCAGAAAUUCCUGAGGAGAUAUCUGAAUUGGAACAACUGAGUCAUCUAGAAUUAAGGCAAAACAGACUCAUCUCAUUUUCAAAAUGUCUAUGUAGGCUUAGAAAGCUCAGCUACUUAGACCUUGGUAAAAACGGAAUUAGCUGCAUCCCCCCAACUGUUUCCAAUAUGCUCUCGCUCCAGGACCUCAUUUUAGACUACAAUCGAUUUUCAGUUUUCCCCAAGGAACUGUGUUCUCUCAAGGGCCUGAAGACCCUGGACCUUUCUGAAAAUCAAAUCCAAUGCAUCCCCUUGGAGAUCUGCGAUCUGCAACGGAUCCGGAGACUAGACUUUUCAAACAAUCAGUUUGUAUCUUUCCCGGUAGAGCUGUGCGCCCUGUCCACCCUGGAGGAACUGCUACUGAGUCAGACCCGCGGCCGCAAGUUCACCCACCUUCCAGAGCAGCUGACCACUCUGACAGGCCUCAAAGAGCUGGAUAUAUCAGACAGCGCCAUCAGGGAACUCCCCAGAAACAUAGGGGAACUGAGAAGCUUGGUUCGCCUGUUAGCCCGGAACAACGCUAUCAGCUGCCUCCCGCCUUCUUUCCGGCUGUUGCACAGCCUCCAGCAGCUGGACAUGAGCGGAAACCAGCUGGUAGCUCUGCCCAGAGGCCUCCACAAUCUCCCCUCCCUGAAGGACAUCAAUUUCGAUGGAAACCCUUUGCUCAGACCACCCCAAGAAGUCUGUAGAGGGAGGCAGCUGCACACCAUCGGACGUUACCUCGAGAAGGCCGAUGACAGAGAUGAGAAAAUCUUGCAGAAGAUAAUCAAGAUGAUUGCUCGCAAUAUUACCGUGGAGGAUUUUGGAUAUUUCUGCCAAAAACUAUCACUUGAUAAUGAUGAAAUUCAAGCUCUUGAAAGUAACAGUUCACUUGGAUUGGAGGAGAAAGCCCUCCAGGCCCUAGAUAUCUGGAAGCAGGAAAACCAAGCCUUCCUCCUGACCCCGGAGGCCAUGGCGCACCAGCUGGGCCGGGUGCUGACCAUGUCCGGCCUGCACGAUCUGACCGCCAGGAUCACCGCUCUCAAGAUUCUCUCCCGCUCGCUCAAAUUCUGAGCCAGCGCCUCACAGGCCAUCUAGAGCUUGGGACACCAUCAUCUAGUCACGCCUAGAAACAGCCCCCGGCUCCCUCUCCCUCUCCCAUCCAAAGGUCGGAAUUGGCUUCUCCCUAGACUUCCACUCGCUACCAGGACCGCUCAAGGACCCACUGGUGAUUGUUGGCUUCUUAAGUUAGGAAUAAAGUGGACAG